CCGGUCCUUCGAUUCUGUAGGAUCGUCAGCGUCUCUAAUCCAUAUUGGGCUCAUCUGUGUGCACUGGCCACUUGCUUUAGCUUGGUGGGAAAAUUGGGAGUUUGGGCAGAAAAGCAGAAGAGGAGGGUUUUCGAAAUCUGAGGCUUUUAGGGACGGAAACGGGCACAUCAGCCUUUGUUUCGUUCGUCCUCAGUUGGCCUCGGUCUUUCACACUAGUAGUGAAUCCCGAACAACCGAUAUAUUCGUGACGUUCAUCUCCGUGAAGAACUACUAAAGCGUCUUCAUAAGGAGAGCCUCUCCUAACGUCGUCGGUCCAUCACAAUGACGAACACAGCGGCGGCGGAUCUGGAGGCUAUUCGGCUCGAAUAUCGGGCGUCCUUGGCCGACCUGACGUUCAACUCCAAGCCGAUCAUCACGAACUUGACGAUUAUCGCGCAGGAGAAUGUGGGAGCAGCUGGGGCGAUUGUCAAGGCGAUUGAGGACCAAAUGCGUAAUGCACAACCUAAACAAAAGCUUCCGGUUCUCUAUCUGAUGGACUCCAUCAUGAAAAACGUCGGAGGAGCCUACAUCAGCAUUUUCGCACGAAAUAUCGUGCGCACAUUCGCGUCCGCCUUUGAACAGGUCGAUCCUGCAGAUAGGCAGAGGUUCGUGAAAGUUCUUGCAACGUGGAAAAACAACCCAGCGGGUCCGCUUUUCGCAGUCCCCGUGUUGAGGGAGUUGGACAAUGUCGUCGCGACGAAAAUGAGGGAACCGGCACAGCGCAGACCGUCUCUGGGCGCCAUUCACGUCAAUCCAAAUUUUGUGGGUUUAUCACCAUCCGUGUCUCCUACAGCUCAAGCACCACCAUCAGGGAACAACUUCGCCAAUGGUGGUGCUUAUCCGCAAGCAGACGGCCAUUCAAGGAAUGGAACUGGAAGAUAUCCACAACGCGGGCCAUACGACCGCCCUCCGUCAGGCCGUGGACGUCAGGAUUCGGCAGGGCUAAGGCGUGGCGUCAGUAAUGGGCAAACCAGGAGGGAGACGCCCGUAGCGCGAGCGGCACCUAGAAGCACGUAUCACUCACCGCAGAUGCCCGGCGGCGGCAGCCAACCGCUAAACAGCAGCUUCAACGCGGGCGACAUCCCGCCUUCCGGCACGAAUCCGAGCGUUGACGCUUUGAAACGGCAGAUCGAGCUUGUUUUGUCGCAGAAGCAGGCUGUGACGCUGCUGAACCCGCUGGAUACGUUGACGUUGGGACAUAUCCAGGUCUUGACGCAGCUCCUGCAAGCUGUGAAGACGACAACCCUGGACGCCAACUCCAUUCAACAAAUUAGCCAGAUGCUGCAGCAGUACGCCUCGACACCGCAACUCACCAACCCAACACCCAACUUCGCAUCCCUGCAACCCCAACUCCCGAUGCAGCAAACCGCAUCCGUCCUAUCCUCCUUCCUCCCACCCCAACCAAUCCUCACAUCCGCUGCAUUAGGCGGGUUCAGUCUCCCGCAAAUGACCAGCACCUCGUUCCCGGCCAUGGCGAACACCUAUAUGCCGACCAUGAGCACUUCUCAGGGCAUGCUGCCGUCGAGCGUGCAAAGCCUGCUGUCCGACCCGAAUGCGUUGAAUGGGUUGUUGGGGACGUUGACGCCGGGGUUGGUUGGGGGGCAGCAACAGCAGCAACAGCAACAGCAGCUUGGGAAUGGGUUGUAUGCGAACGGGAUGGGAUCCAACGGGCGUGCGAAUGCUCCCGUUGUGGUUAUGCUGUCGAUUGAGGAGUUGCCGCCUAUCCGGUUGACCCAUGAGGACAUCAACAAAAUAUACCCCAACGCAGUAACCCUCCUCUACGAAGGCCUGGACCUGCAAUGCCGGCAAUGCGGGACACGUCACCGCCGCGACGAGAACGGACGCGCGAAGAUGGACGCGCACCUCGACUGGCAUUUCCGCCAGAACCGCCGGCUGAAGGAUAAAGCCAAGAAAGCCAUCUCAAGGGACUGGUUUGUUACUGAGGAGGAGUGGAUUGCGGAACGGGAGGUUGAUGUUAAGGAUCGGAAAGCACCAGCACUGUUCUUCGAACACGAAGGCGAAACACCCGCAGAACCUCCCGAAGAGGUCUCCAAUAUACCCGCCGCGGGACAAAGCAACCCACGCUGCGCCAUCUGCACCGAACCGCUCGAGAAGUUCUAUGACGAAGAGACGGACGAUUGGAUGCUGAGGGCUGCUGUUCGCGUUGACGACGUUCUCUACCACCAAGCCUGCUACAAAGAUUCCCAAAAGUCCCUCCAAGCCGCGCCUACAACAACGUCGCCAGACACAGGCGCAAGCACGCCCGUAUCCGAGACGGAGCCCGCAAGUGGCGGCAAGCGGAAGCGCGAGCAGGGCGAUGGCGAUGACGUGAAGAAAAUUAAGACUGAAACAUCGGUCUGAUGUUGAGGGAACCCG